AUGGCUUCUAAGCUCUUCAAUCCUCUUGUAACUUCAGAACUAUCACUACUAUUCCUUAGCAUUUUCGCUUUGUUUAUAUCCCAUUCUUCAGCUGCAGAUGUUCCUCUUAACACUUCUGUUCCGCCUGAAACCAUUUGCAAGUCCACUCCACACCCUUCUGUUUGCAUUUUCGUCCUCCCUCACAAAAACGCCAAUGUCUAUGACUUCGGCCGCUUUUCAGUCCAACACUCAUUCGUCCAAUCCCAAAAGCUUCUAGAUAUGAUCAACAAGUAUCUUCAAGGAAGUUCGAGUUUAUCACAGCCGGAAAUUCAAGCCAUCCAAGAUUGCAAGUCCCUUGCAUUGUUAAAUAUUGAUUUCUUAUCAAACACUCUGGAAACUGUUAACAAAACAAGUGGUGUUCUUCCUAGCUCCGAUGCUGACGAUGUUCAAACCCUGCUCAGUGCCAUCUUGACCAACCAGCAGACGUGUUAUGAUGGCCUUCAAUCUGUGAGUUCAGUCCAAAAUGAUCUUUCAGUGUCCAUCUCUAAUGGUACAAAUUUUUAUAGUGUCUCCUUAGCGUUGGUUACGAAAGGUUGGGUGCCAAAGAGUCACAAAAAUUAUGGAACACCAAACCAGUCUAAGAAACAUCUCAGUUUUCGAAAGGGCCGAUUGUCACUGAAAAUGUCAAGCAAAGCUCGUGCAGUUUACGACUCAGUUAUAAAUCGACGAAGACACCUUCUUCAGGCUGGAGAUGAAGAGGUUAUGGUGAGGGACAUUGUUAUUGUUAGCCAAGAUGGAAGUGGAGACUUCACUACCAUCAACGAUGCCAUAAAUGCUGCUCCAAAUAACUCCGUUGCUAGUGAUGGUUAUUUCUUGGUAUAUGUCACUGCCGGCGUUUAUGAAGAGUAUGUAUCAAUUAUAUCAAAAAAGAAGUACUUGUUACUGAUCGGAGACGGUAUCAAUCAGACAAUCAUUACAGGAAGCCACAGCGUUGGAGGCGGUUCAACCACCUUCAACUCUGCCACUUUAGCUGUCGUAGCACCAGGGUUUAUAGCAGUGAAUAUAACUGUUCGAAACACCGCUGGACCAAGCAUGGGGCAAGCAGUUGCGGUUCGAAAUGGAGCGGACUUGUCAGUUUUCUAUAGCUGCAGCUUUGAGGGAUACCAAGACACCUUGUACACACAUUCUAUGAGACAAUUCUACAGAGAAUGUGACAUCUAUGGAACGGUUGAUUUCAUAUUCGGAAAUGCUGCAGUUGUUUUCCAAAAUUGCAACAUAUACCCUCGCCAGCCUCUCAAAGGCCAAUCCAAUCCCAUCACAGCUCAGGGUCGAACAGAUCCGAAUCAGAACACAGGGACAUCAAUCCAGAAUUGCACCAUUAAAGCCGCUGAUGAUUUGGCUUCGAGUAACUUCACUGUCAAGACAUAUCUCGGAAGGCCAUGGAAAGAGUAUUCGAGGACAGUCUACUUGCAGAAUUUUAUGGAUAGUUUGAUUGAUCCUGCUGGUUGGCUCGCGUGGAGUGGUGAUUUUGCACUGAGCACAUUGUAUUAUGCUGAGUAUGAUAAUAGGGGACCUGGAGCAGACACUAGCAACAGAGUUAAAUGGCCUGGUUACCGUGUGAUUGGUGCAACUGAUGCUGCAAAUUUUACAGUAUCAAACUUCCUGCUGGGGGAUAGUUGGUUGCCUCAAACGGGAGUCCCUUACACCGGUGGCUUAGUGUAA